GAGCAGGGGGUAAAUUAGUAGAAUUAAAAAUAAAUCAAUUAGAUUUAGAAGGAAAACUUUUCUCUACCAAAACCAGACCUCAAACCACCUCCGAUAAUUCAACCUUAUUCUUCACGGUAGCAGUAAUUUCAGUAAUCUUUAUUCUCCUAUUGGAUUGCGAGGGGUUAGGAGAUAAUUUAGAUGCAUUAAAUUUGGCAAUCGAAUCUCUCAAAAACUCCUUAACUGGAAAAUUAAAGUUAGCCAAUUAUCUGAAAGAAAUCGGGGAAAAAAUAUACGAAUUUUUAAAGGAAUACGACAAAAAUCGGGAUGGAAGAAUCGAUGUUCCUGAACUAAAAAUAGAUAAAUUUGCUUGA